ACCCACCUAAGGAGUGCUACCGCGGGAAUUGAGACAGCGGAUUCCCAGAGCAGGGUGUGGUGGAAUCAGCAGGCACGCGGACCCGGCGGAACGCACUGCGCAGACGGCGCCGCCGCCCGCACUCAGCUGUUGGGGAGUCUUCCUCCCAGCUUUCCCCUGAACGUUCUCCAGGCGCCGGUCUCUUUUUUCUGUCUUCUUGUUUCCCUCCGCCGAGUCGGCGCCACUGUGAAUUUCCGUUUCCGGCAGUGUCCAAGUUCACCUGAGGAGUCGUAGUCGUGAGCAGGUUAGAGUUACUUGUUAUUGGUAAGUAGCCACUAUGGAAACUAAGGACCAGAGAAACACAGAAAGAAAAACAAUGGACCCAAAGCUGCAAAGAAAAAGAAGCGGCAUCUGCAGGAUCUCCAGCUAGGAGACGAAGAUGAUGCCCGAAAGAGAAAUCCCAAAGCUUUUGCAGUUCAGUCUGCUGUGGGGAUGGCUUGAUACUUUCACAGGACUCAGGAUUUGAAGACAAAAAAGCAUCAUAUUCCAGUGGUUGAUCAAACUCCACUGGAGCCCCCACCAAUAGUGGCAGUGGUGACGGGGCCUCCAAAGUUGGAAAGACCUCUUUGAUAUAAUGCCUCAUUUGGAACUUCACCCAGCAGAAGUUUACCGAGAUCAGAGGCCCACUGACGAUCGUGUCAGGACGAGGUUGGGCCCACCCAUGAACUGGUCCAGACUUUCAUCUCCACUCACUCCACCAAGAUGGCUUCAAGUCGAGUGAUGCUCUUUUCUGGUUCCAAGCCACUUGGGUCAGAGAAUAUAGAUAAUCACGGCUAAGCUAGCCUUCAACGUUGGAAGCUGAAUUGACAGUUGAAAAAUAAUGACGUGUAUACAAAGUGUGUUUGGAGGAUUGCGGAUGCAGGGGCACUGUACUGCUAAAGGAGUGUUGGAAGCUCGCUGCAGAAGAUGAUAAAAGCAGACUGAUGUGUAUUACCUGCUGAAAGUAUCAGAGAUGGCUUUGGAUUCCCAGUUCUGCGUGCUCCUGUCUGGCUCCUGAACCCAGCUGGAGAGGUCUAAAAAUCUCAGGAAGCUGGUGAUGGAUGAAAACCUUAGUCCCACUGACACUGCACGAGGGGCCAGGAGAGCAGCAGCAUCAUAAGCCACAGGGUGGGGCAGCCCAGGCAGGGGCAUUCUGAGCUGUUGGGGAGGGGUGGCAGCCAGGGUGGGGCACUGUGAGCUGUCGGGGAGGGCAUUGUGAAGUGUGGGGUGGGGCAUUGUGUGUCACAUGCCUGUGUUCCCACCUGGGCCAGUGGGCUUCAGUCUGUAGGUGACUACAGAAGGAGGAGGAGCACCGUCUGUUCUCUCUUCAGGCAGUUGUUGUGUCUCUCAGCGCUUGUUGGGUUCACAACCUAUUAAAUAAGUCAACUGGUCUUCACCCUCCCAGACAAGUCAACUCAGGGGAGGCGGCAGGGCACGGGCCUUGGUCCGCAGCCCUAGCUGGGGCUGGGGCCCGGCUGUGAGGUGGGCAGGCGAGCAGCAGGCAAGACCAUCUCUGCAAGUGCAGCAUAGCCUCGGCCUAGGGCAGCGGGAGUGCGUGGCCAAAGCUGUGAGCAGAGGCCCAGGUGGUGGCAGACAGUAGAGAUGCUGCAUGGGGAACAUACUGACCUGUUGUGUGUGCCCCAGGGACAGCCACGAGUUUGACCAGCAACAGGGGUCAGUGUACCCCUCUGAGUCCGAGAUCUAUGAGGCAGGAGCCGGGGACAGGAUGGCUGGAACUGGGGACAGGAUGGCUGGAGCUGGGGACAGGAUGGUAGGAGCUGGGGACAGGAUGGCUGGAGCUGGGGACAGGAUGAGAGGAACUGGGGACGGGAUGGCAGGAGCGCCCAUGGCUGCUGCUGUACAGCCUGCUAAGGUGACUGUUGAAGUUGGUGAAGACCUCCACAUGCACCACAUCCAUGACCGGGAGAUGCCUGAAGCUUUGGAGUUUAACCCUUCUGCCAAUCCAGAGGCAAGCACAAUAUUCCAUGGGAACUGUCAAACAGAUGGUGAGACAACAUUGUCUGUAUCUCUGUGUAUUAUCCUGUGGGACUUUGUUGAGGCUUCUUUGGACUAUUCUCUACCUUUUCUCAAUAAAAACUCAAAUAUCUCAACUUUCCAGUACCCAUCUUAUUUUUUCUUUGUACCUAUCUAGAUGGUACCUAAGUGAAGGAACCAGGUAAGUGCCUAAUUGUUUCCUUUGUUAAAGUAGCUAAAUCUCAGCACAUUUCAUAUUUAGAUAUUUGGGGGUUUCUUGUUUAAAAUCAGAAUGGAGGUUGCCAUGGGAGAGGCUAUAUGGUAUUCUUAAUGGGCUGCUGUAAGUCAUCUUGAUAGAAGCUGCUUAGUUUCUUCUAACUGUAAUUUGAACGCAGAAGGAAAAAGAAAAAAGAAGAGUGCUUAAAAUAAUUGUGAAACUGUGUGAAACGUCCUGGUCAGGGCUGCAGAAAAAUGGUUGUGUGUGUGUGUUUGGGGUUUCUCAAAGGAGUUUACCUAUGAGGCUCUGAUUACUUUAAAAUUCUUACUUUAACACAAAAUGUGUCUUCCAGAUUUAUUCCAAUGACUUAACAGACUUUAUUUACCUCCUUGUUCUAAAAGAUGUGGGGAUUGGGUCAUGGUCAAAACUUUCAAAAGACAUGAAAUGUCAGUGUAGACUUUUCAUGUGUAAUCUAAAGAUUGCAGGUUAAAGUCUGAGACCUUCCCUGUAAGAGUGUUUGUUGCUGUGGCUCCCGCUUUAUCCUUUCCUUUCCUGAUAAUAGCAUUUUGUUCAAACAGAAGAAAGUUGGAGUUUCGGCCGGGCAUGGUGGCUCACGUCUAUAAUCCCAGCACUUUGGGAGGCUGAAGUGAGCAGAUCAUCUGAGGUCAGGAGUUCGAGACCAGCCUGGCCAACAGCUUUGGAGUUUAACCCUUCUGCCAAUCCAGAGGCAACCACAAUAUUCCAGAGGCACUCUUAAACAGAUGAGUGACCUUGGAGAUACAUCAUGAUAUCACGCAAAGGUUUCCACCAUGCACAUUACCCAGACAAGAAAUGGAGGCGGGAGUUUAAAUAACUAUUCCUCGUCCAUUCCAUCGACUCCCAGCACCAGCCAGGAGGACCUUCAGGUCAAUGUUCCUCCCUCUGCCAAUACACCCACACCCGUUCGCAAGCAGUCCAAGCGCUGGUCCAAGCUGUUUACAUCUGAGAAAGGUAGUGACCCAGACAAAGAGAAGAAAGCCCUGGAGAGUCAUGCUGACACCAUCGGGAGUGGCAGAGCCAUCCCCAUUAAACAGGGCAUGCUCUUAAAGUUAAGUGGGAAAUGGCUGAAGAAAUGGAAAAAGAAAUAUGUCACCCGCUGUGACAAUGGCGUGCUCACCUAUUAUUCAAGCUUAGGUGAUUAUAUGAAGAAUAUUCACAAAAAAGAGAUUGACCUUCGAACAUCUACCAUCAAAGUCCCAGGAAAGAGGCCACCCCUAGCCACAUUGGCCUGCAUGCCUAUCUCUAGCUCUAAAAGCAAUGGCCUAUUCAAGGACAUGAACAGUCUACCUAUCUCAGCCAAUUCAGACACUGGGCUGAGUGACUCCAUAUGCUCCAGCCCCAAUAUCUCCAGCACCACCAGCCCCAAGCUCAACCCGCCCCACUCUCCUCAUGCCAACAAAAACAAACACCGAAAGAAGAAAAACACCAACAGCUUGAAAGACGAUGGCCUGUCUGGCACUGCUGAGGAACAAGAAGAAAACUUUAUUAUUGUGUCCCUCACUGGCCAAACGUGGCACUUUGAAGCCACGUCGUGUGAGGAGCGGGAUGCCUGGGUCCAAGCCAUCGAGAGCCAGAUCCUGGCCAGCCUGCAGUCAUGCAAGAGCAGCAAAAGCAAGUUCCAGCUGAUAAGCCAGAGCGAGGCCAUGGCCCUACAGUCCAUCUGAAACAUGUGUGGGAACUCCCAAUGUGUGGACUGUGAGACCCAGAAUCCUAACUGGGCCAGUUUGAACUUGGGAGUCCUCAUGUGUAUUGAAUGCUCAGGGAUCCACCGUAAUCUUGGCACCCACCUUUCCCAAGUCCGAUCUCUGGACCUGGAUGACUGGCCAGUUGAGCUCAUGAAGGUUUUGUCAUCUAUUGGCAAUGAGCUAGCCAACAGCAUCUGGCAAGAGAGCAGCCAGGGGCGGACGAAACCCUCAGUAGACUCCACAAGGGAAGAGAAGGAAUGGUGGAUCCAUGCCAAAUAUGAACAGCUCUUCCUGGCCCCACUACCCUACAUGGAGCUGUCCCUGGGCCAGCACCUGCUGCAGUCCACCAGUGAGGACCUGUGGACAGCCAUCCUGCUGCUGGCACAUGGCUCCCAGGAGGAGGUAAAUGAGACCUGUGGGGAGGGAGACAGCUGCACGGCGGUCCAUCUGGCCUGCCGCAAGGGGAAUGUGGUCCUGGCGCAGCUCCUGAUCUGGUACGGGGUGGAUGUCAUGGCCUGAGAUGCCCACGGGAACACAGUGCUGGCCUACACCCGGCAGGCCUCCAGCCAGGAGUGCAUCAACGUACUGCUGCAGUACGGCUGCCCCGAUGAGCACAUGUAGUAUCUGUUUAAUUUUAUUUGACUGCAGUCUCCUUGGUGUAAAAACAAAAUGGGGAAAAUAAAUAAGAAUAACUCAGAAAUUCAAAAGGAAAUCACAAAUUCAGCUCAUAAUAGCAUUUUCAGUACAUUUUGUAAACUAAGUAAAUACACAAAAAGUUGAUUUUUCUGACUAUAAGAUAUAUUUUAUGUCCUUUUGCUGAGGUGGAUGUGUUAGUCUCAGGCCCUCCUGGGCCACAUUGCCCGAGUCACACAGGCUUCUGUAUUAUGUAUUUAGAUAAGAUGUGUGAAAAUGUAUUUGAAAAAACGUUCAUAAAUAUGCGUUGAUUUUUGUACA